AUGAUAACCACAGAAUGGGCUAUGUAUGAACUUGCUAAAGAUCCAGAAAGACAGAAUAUUCUCUAUCGAGAAAUUCAACAUGUUUGUGGGGCUAACAAGAUCACAGAGGACAUAUUGUAUCAGAUUCCAUACCUAUCUGCUGUUUUUCAUGAAACACUGAGAAAGUAUAGUCCUGUUCCUAUAAUUCCUCUGCGAUAUGUGCAUGAAGAUACACAGUUACAAGGUUAUUCUAUCCCUGCUGGAAGUGAGAUUGCUAUAAACAUUUACGGAUGCAACAUGGACAAAGAUGUGUGGGAGAGUCCUGAGGAGUGGAAGCCUGAGAGGUUUCUGAAUGGGAAGUAUGAUCCCAUGGAUUUGCACAAGACGAUGGCGUUUGGAGGUGGAAAGAGGGUAUGUGCAGGUGCUCUUCAAGCGAGUUUGAUCUCUUGCACUGCAAUUGGUAGAUUUGUACAAGAAUUUGAGUGGAGACUCAAGGAUGAUGGAGAGGGAGAAAAUGUUGACACUCGGAGACUUACAACUCAGAAACUCCAUCCACUGCAAGCAAUCAUAAAGUCUAGAAAUUUGUUGUGUUGA